UAUGGAAAAAAUGUAAACAGGGAUAGCGUCACGUGGAACGACGCACCUCGGAAUGGUACGAUUAUGCUACAAAAUGUCAAAAAAGCAAAAGUACGAAGGACUAUAGGGGCGGCGACCGCGGCUCGAAGGGAAAGGGGGAAGGGAAGCGUGGCCGUCAGUUUCUCGCCGACCGCCGCGACGCGAGCACGCCCCGAUGCGACUCGUGCCCUGACGCGAUGGCCUCGUCCACGAGCGGCAACAUCGUGAUCGAGUGGUUGCGAUCGCUCCACUUGGGCCAGUACGCGGAAAGUUUUAUAGACAAUGGUUACGAUGACUUAGAAAUAUGCAAGCAGGUCGGAGAACCCGACCUGGACGCCAUCGGCGUCCUAAAUCCGACCCAUCGUGCACGCUUGCUGCACUCCGUCAGAACUUUGAGAGAGGAAGGUGCAGCGGCUGUUUACUUCACGUUGGAGGAGGCGGCCGCCGCUCGGGAUUCCUGCAGAUGUGAGGAGGAGAACAGGAAGGAGCAGGCCUCAGCCGUAGUGGAGCCGGCGAAGUACGCGGACGAGUACGAGGAAGGAAAGGCUGAGCUGGUGAAGAUUCCUCGGAUUCAGCUGAAGCGUUUGCUGCGAGAGCGGCUGGCGCAGGACGGGAUCCGCCUGAGCUUGCAGCCGUACUCAACCACGGAUGGAGACCGAGGCUACCUCGAAGGCCUAGCGUCCCGUUACGCAGACCUCUUCUCCACACACUACGGUGACGUCCUCGACCACCUCGAGGAGUUACGGAGACACGAGUGGGAGGAGAUGUCUCCUCGGAUGCGGGUCCUGGGCGGGCCUGGGACCCCGCAGACCCCGCCGUCGGCCAGCCCUGGGUCGCUGGCGCUGAACAAUCUGACGACCAGUCUGUCGCAGCCGAUUUAUGUGCCGGGAAAAUAUUCGCCGUCCAGCUGUCUGACCGACAAGGAGGAGGAUGAGAUCUACGGCUUCGGCUACGGGGUGUUCGGGAAGCAGAUGCUGCAGCGGCAGCAGCAGCAGAAGCAGCUGCUGCUGGCGCAGCCGACGCAGCCGCUCAUUCAUAACCAGCAGCAUAAUUAUCAGAGUUGUUUGAGUCCACGGUCGGCGUAUUUCUACGAAUUUCCCCCGAGUGUCUCCUCUGCAGACAACUGCCUGGGCACCGCCAAGAAGAAGGUGACCACAUUCUCGCGUCUGCUUCGCGGACUCAAGUCUCAUAGGAAAGAGAAGCAUGGCUCCUGUUCGCCGAAGCACCACAGUCCGAGGCAGAUCCUGCCGCCGCAGCGGGUGGACACCCCGGACAGCGUGCUGCAAAGCGGGCUGGGCCUGGGCCCGGGGCCCGACACGGCCCUGCGCUCCAUGGUAGACCCGAGAGACUAUGAUCGCCUCCGCUUCUUUCAAAUGAACGCCCAACCCAACACCUUUGAAGAGACAAUACAUAGGUUAAAAGUUCAGGAAGCAAUGAAGAAAAAAGACAAGAUAGCGAGAGAACAGGAAGAGAUUUUAAGGGAUAUUAGACAUGGACUGAUGAACAUGGGACGGGAUGGUGUGCGAGGACCUUUUGGAGACGACACGUAUAUGUACGACGACGAGGCGAGAGGCCUGUCCGGGCGAGGGCACUGGUAUGACGAGCCGCCGUACGAGAGCGACCCCGAAGACUUUCUCAUGGGCGGAGGAGCCCCGGCUGCCUCGUUUCAAAAUGGCCGCGUGUGCUUCACCCUCAACCUCCGCAAUGAAUCGAGAGGUGAAGGCGUUAUAUCUCUCAGAAGCGCCGGCGACAUAAGCCUAGCGAGAGCCCCUCGACGAGGAUUAAUAAUUCCGCAGAGCGGACCCUACCCGACAACCGUGAUCCCGUUACGAACAGCAAGGGACCGCGAGAGCGGGGAUUACGCGGCAUCCGAUAUACAGUCUAUAGGCUCGAGACUGUCUGGAAUAUCGCUGGACUCCACAAGGUCAGAGAGGGAUUCCAGGAGAGGUUACCGGCAAAUGUCAGGAUACCGGAUAGGCGACCCACUGUCGCCCGCUUCUUCGGAUUACGAAGAUCAAGAAAGCGAAACUGAUUCACAACAUAUAGCAACCGUGCACCAGUCGGCCGAAGAGUGCGAAGGGGUGUCCAACCUUGCAGGAAAAGUGCGGGGCCUUAGGCAAGACGUACAAAGAAAAAUUUCAAGAUUACGACAAGAGACCGGACCGGAAGGCACCGAUCGGCGGACGAGCGCCGACCAAGCGUUCCCUUGUUCUAAUAGUUCGUUCGAAAGUCUUCCCAGCGGAUCAGGCAGUAGCACACAAGCAUUGGUUCGAGCCGGUAGUAAUCACUCAUCUCUCUCGGCAGAAGAAAAUAUAGAAUUAAGUCCGGCCGGGCGGAGCUUACUCGCGCCGCAAAUGCUGUGCCGGGCGCGCGCGCUCGUCGAUUUCGUGCCCAAUAUUUACGACAAAGAUGCUUUGAGAUACAAGAAAGGGGAUAUCAUCGAGGUAAUCAACAUGAACGCAUCUGGGAUCUGGCGAGGCGUUUUAAAUAACAAAGUUGGAAAUUUUAAAUUCGCAAACGUUGAAGUACUGUCUGACAGAGAAACGAUGCGAUCGAGGUCAUCAAAAUGGUGCAAGAGUCGGGAGAGGCUUUGGGAAACGCGACCAAGAACGGUGGAAGAAUUGUUGAGGAGAAUCGACUUACCGGAGUACACAGUGGCCUUUGCAAGAAAUGGAUACGAAGAUAUAGAACUCUUUAAAGAAAUCGAACCAUCCGAUCUUGACUAUUUAGGAAUAAUGACCCCUGAGCACCGCACUCGCAUUCUUGCUGCUGUACAACUGCUGCACCAACUCGAAUGUGGCGAAGGUGACUGUGAAGGAGAAGGCGGUGGCUCCAGUUCCGAAGGUGGGGAUUCGCCGUUUGGUCGACGACAAUUUCCCCGUGACUCCGGGUGUUAUGAAGCGGGCGUCGGAGUCGGCGGAGUAAGAGUCCGGACGUCUCCUCUCGUCCACAGAUCAGAUGAACCGUCGCACCGGCCGCCAGAGCCGGCUCCACAGGCCAAGCGUUCCGUCCGUCGCCGACAACCCGACGACGCCGAGUGCGACAGAAUCGAGCGUUACCCCGGUACCAAUGCGGAAAGAAUCACGAACAGGAGCGUCGGGUUGCCUGGAGGCGGCCGGGACGAUACAUGCGAAUCAGAUCACAGGCUUAACGUAGUCAAAUUCGUGGCAGGCGGAGAGCCUUGCGCUUCGGAAAAGAGCAGUGAUUCCGGUGUGAGUAGUUCUUCGCUGAGUUCGGCGCAUCCUCAUCGUCCCUGAGCGAGGCCCGCCGCGCCCGCGCUCGCCUAGGCACUGGCGCGGGCGCGAGCGCAGGCCGCGCUGCCGCCCGCACCCCCCGGCCCCGCCGCAGAAGCAGAACCUUCCGAACCGCACACCGAGUAAAGCCUCGACAGGCUGUCGCGUCACGUCUAAAGUGAAUCAGUAUUUUUGUCGUACAUUCCACCUUAUUCGAGUUUUACGCGCCGGUUACCGUGCAUUAGAUGACGACAAUGAGAAGGGACUAUCUAAUAUGCUUGCUAGGGGGCAGUGGGGGUUACCGUGGACGUUUUAGGUAUUUCAUCUAUCAAUCAGGCCGUUUUCGUAAAGAAAGCUAGCCGAAUAGAUAAGUAGAACGGCUGCAAAGAGCUUAGAAGUAUGUAAAACACAGACAGACUUUGAAUCAUUGCAUUUAAAGAUUUAGAGAUGUUUGUUCCGAAAUAAGACUGAUGGUUCUGUCUGGUCAGCUUUAAAUACUUCUUCAAUCUUUUGUAUAUGGGCAUAGCGCCUAUUGUAAUAUUUGGUGUUAUGUUCAAUGUUGGAACUAAAAGCAAUUUCUCUGGCACUAAAUAUUAUUAGUGAUAUAAUAUUAUUUUAACAAUGUUAAAGAAAUAAAUUUCAUACCUACUUUACAGAUGGAACAAGAGGAAAAUGGGUAACAGACGUGCUUGUAAGGAAUCUAUUUCUUUGAAAUAGAUAUAUAUUAAUUUCUUUCUAGUGAUUAAAUGGAUGAGUUUUAAAGUUACUAGGGGAAAUUACAGUGGCUUAGUCUUUGAAAUCUUGUUAUUGUGAAUCGUAUAUAGUUAUGAUAUUUGUUUAAUAAUACUGUUUUGAAAUAUCUUGUAUUAAUCUAUCAUUCCUUUACUAAAAUUAAAAGCAUAUCAUAACGACGCCAACCUUACCUUAAGUUGCUUUUAAGCGUUAUUUUCAUACUCUGUUCAAAAAUCACAUUAUUUAGUAGUUAAUUAUGACAAUACACAACCAUUUAAAAUGGUUUCUUAUAAAAUGCUGUGUCUCCGCUACAAAAUGUUCUUUUUGAACAGAGUGAAAUAUGUAUAUUUAUAUCGAUGAAUUAUAAGUUGUAGAAGAGGCAAUAAGCCAGUUAGGACUGGGGCGUUGUAAGCGCAACAUUUCGAUAGCAAUAAUUGUAAAUAAAGUUAGUAGAUAGGCUAAUUAUUGUACGUUGAAACUUUUUGUAAUUUUUUAAGAGAGCUUUAUGCGGGUGUCCGCAUGUACAGUAUAGUUGUAGGUGUCCCGGUGUGAGAUUUUGAAUUUCACCCAAGCUUCCGACUCAUGUUUUUGUCGUUCGUCGUACUUUAUGGCUUUCACACUUGUGACUGGCCCGUGUCGUAAAAUGACAAGUGAAGUUUUACUGCUGGCUGAAAAUGUGACUUAUUUUAGAGAUUCGACAGCCGACCUCCAUAAAAGUAAAGCUAGAGCUAAACUCUGAUUUGUAUUUCAACUCCAAAAAUCUUUUUCUGAUACUGUUUUAAUAACAAUGACUUUUGUCCUCGUCGUUACGUUUCACUUUUUAAAUUAUUAACAAUUCUGUCCAGAAUUGUUGUUCCACAAAACAUCCUAACUAUAUAUGGAUACAAAAUCAUGUGUACGUAUUGGAAUAAAAAUGACUUAAUUCAAUAGCGCAUAAGCUCACCCAUUGUAUUUCUAUAAAAUUACAAAUAAAUCAUUGACUGACAUUGUUAAGCUAAAUGUAAACGUCACCAAUUUUUUGGAAGAGGGUCAUAAUUGUUAUUUUGCAGAGCAUUAAAAGUCUAGCUACCGAAGCGAGCUACUAAUUGUUUUAGUCCGUGAUGUACUUAUUUGCCAGUCUCCUACAUUUUGUGUAAUUUUGCCAGUUCCUUGCAGGACUCGCAGAGACCUCGUCCGGCCAGUCUCCGUGCGACUAAUUAGCGAACACUCGCCUGCCAUCAGUGUUCCCAUUUGUAAAUUUUGUAAAAAUCUCCUUAAAAUGCACUUUUUGACUACAAUUGUGAACUAGUCCGAACUAUUAAGUGUAUAUAGAUAAAUGUUUGUUACUUGUAUAUUAUAGAUAGAAUAUAUUUCUUUGGCAAUUAUUGUAUAUUCAAUAAUUCAUUCUUUAUUGAAACUUAAAUGUUAUAAAGUAAUUUAUUUAUAAUUGAAUUACGUUUCAAAUGCUCAGGUAGAAAAUGUGGAUCCAUUCUUUGGAUACUAGGACUUGUUUUAAGACUUGUGAUUACUGAUACUUAAGCUGUACAGCAUCUUCAUUUCAUUUGUGUUAGCCAUAUACUACAGUAAUAGUACUUUUUUGUAGCCAUAUUUAUAUUUUUUUAAUACAGACCUUAUGAUGUAUGUUUACAAAUCUGUUUACAAACAUGGAUUCUAAAUUAAUAAAUCCAAAAAUUACA